AUGCCUUCCUUGCGUGGUAUGGGCAAGACAUCAGUUGCAAAGGAGAUUGCUCGCAGAUUUGAAUCCGAUGAACGUGUGUAUGCUUCUAUACAUUACAUCGACUUCUCCCCACUCUCGUUCAAACCCUCUGUGCUCUCGUGUCACCUCUUUGUACUAGCACGAUGGCACAGCCCCUCCAUCCUCGUCUUCGAUAACCUCGAGAAAUCCGACGCACGCCCUACACCUUCCGACUUCCGUGGGAUCGUGUUCCUCGUCACAGCAGAGCCUACGCUACUGCACAUGCGGCAUGUGUUCAAGGAUGUAGCGUCUAUUCCUCUGCUGGGAAGGGAUGCUCGGAAGGAGAUUCUUUCGAAUCUUGUCUCGCGCCGCCGUUCCAUGGCUAAGAAGCCACUGCCCUUCAACAUUGAUGAAUUUGACCCACUGGAGCACACUCGACUCGCGGAGGGCUAUUCCCAUGUGGACCUGCGGGACCUUGUGACACGGACGAUACAGGUCGCUGUUGGUCGAGCGGUGUUGGAAGUGACGCUUUCGGCUAGAGAUUUUGUAGAGGCUCAUGAGGGCUUUGUGCCCCUCUCACUGAGGGAUGUGCCGUUACAAAGUCGGAUGUAG